AUGCGGGUUCUUCUUUGUUUUAUACUCGUCACCGCCUGCACUUUGGCUGACAAAAAUGAAAAUAGACGUAAUAAACUACCAUUUGUGGCUGAUGCUGUUGGCAACUCGUUACCACCACCAUCAAACGUGCCAGCUACUGUCGGAAGCCCAGUCAAUCUUCUCACCCCUGAUCGCUAUGAAUUUUAUACCUUUGACGAAUCAGGCGAACUAGUCAAGAGGCUCAUGACUUUAGAAGAAAUCCAAGCUAUCGUUGCUGCUGGUGAAGAUAAUGAAAGCUUAGUGACUUUUGCCAAUGAAAAUUCUCCUACUGUGUCUUUCAACGUACAUCAACCACCGUACAAUAAAGUUCAUAAUGUAGUAACGAAUGUUCAAAAUGUACUUAAAGCACAAAUGGAAGCCCAUAAAAAUAGACCUUAUGUUCAACCUACACUUGACACACCAGAUGUUUCUGAUUCAUGGAGCUUAAUUCUGCCAUCUAUCUUUGGAAAUACUGGUGUCGAUAUCGUUGUUGACAAGGCCUCGGGAGCUGUCACUACACCAGAAACUGAAACUAUAGAAGAAAGUGUGCAGGGUGAUGAAAAUUUAUUAAGCAAAGAAGGAUAUAACCAAGUUUUAACUAGUUCAACAUUGGCAGCAGAUGAAAAAGUUGAGUUAAUAGAGAAGACAACUCCUAAAGUUACUACAACUACAAUUUCUACUACUACAACUACUACUACAACUACUACUACUACUCCUAAGCCUACAACUACAACUGCUGAGCCCAUAAGUACAACACCUAAGCUGACAGUUACAACUCCGAAGCCUACAACUACUACAACCAAGCAGGCAUCGACAACUGCUAAACCUACAACCAUAACUCCUAAGUCUACUACGGAUCAAAUUGCUAAUACAUCUACAAGAAGACCAGUAGUUUUAACUACUAACAAACCUUCACCAACAACUAGAAUAACUACUGCUAGUGUACUCCAAACAAAAACAACAACGAAGCCUCGUACUACAUUAAGUACUGUGGUACCGACAACAAUAAAACCAAUUAUAAGAACAACACAUAAAAUUACAACAUUAAGGCCCGAGUCAACCACAAAGAAGCACGUUGUGAGUGUUUCUACACCUACGAAUGACGAAGAAAUCAAUGUACAAAUUCAAUCUGAUGCUAAUGCUGUUCUAAGCACAGAAAAAAAUGAAGUCGAGUUUGAAAGAAUAAGCACAUUCAUUCCAUUAUCUACUGUUAAAUAUGUAUCUGAGCGCACCACACGCAAACCGGUUUUUUCAACUAAAUUAGCUUUCGUAUCCACAAGCCCAACAACAAUGGAAUACACAUCUAGUACUCCUGAAACUCCGACCACCGAAAUAAUAAAAACUCAACCACUUGGAACCACUUUUAAUCCAAAUGUAAGCACGGAAAGGAAUCAAUUCGAGGAAAAAAUAAAUACUACCACAAUAACAACUCAAUCAGUGCCACCGUCUACUACUGUAUCAUCAACUGAAUUUUUAUCUGCUGACAAGGUAAACCGACCCAGUAAUGUAGACGAAAAUACUGAUAGCAAUUUACCGCUUUUUGACGUUGCUCAAAGCAUAAGCCAAAUAGCUUCAGAUCUUGGCGGCAGCUAUCAGCCUAUUCCUACAACUAAUAAUUUACUAGAUAACAGCAACGAAAGUCAAUUAGAUUCAGAAAGCAAAGAAAAUUUAGAUAUAGAUAUGCCUUCUGGCACUGGUAACGAUACUGACUUUAGGACUCCAGAGAGUAAGGAUAAAAAUGAAGAUAACUUUGUUAAAAUAUCAACUAUUGAUCCUCAUAGUCAAAACAACAAAGAAAAAAUUAAAGAUAAUAUUUCAAAUAAAAACUUUACUGAGAUCAGAGACAUUCCUAUUCAAGAAAAUUCUGACAAUGAAAAAAAUAAUGUUAUUGUAGAUAAUGUCCAAAAAAUAGAGCUGGCAAGCACACUCCCUACCACUGAAUCCACUACCACUACAAUCGAUCCCAUCUUAUCGGAAUCUAUGGGUGAUUUACUAUCACAAGUAGUAAACCAAGCACCAACUAUAGUAGACUCUAAACAACAACAAGAAGAAAUACUUACAACUAUUGAAGAAAAUCAAACACAGGCAACUGUAGGAAGUACCAAAGAUCCUGAAGAAGCGACAUCUGAAAUAUCUUUGAAGGUAAAGAAAGAUACAUCUACAACAACAGAAAAAAUUGUAGCCCUAAAAUCUGAGCAAGAAAUGACUAAAAUAAGUGAUACAGUAGCAAUAAGUGAUUUAAAUAUACGCGAAGAACCACCUAAAAAAGAGAACAUUGAAACGAUUUCUGAGCCAAAUGAAAUUGUAUUGCCUGCUCAUGAAAUAGUUGGAAAUAAUCAUAUUCAAAUAUCUGUUAAUAAAAUUGAUUCUAUUGUAAACACAAGUGAAAAUAAAUUAAAUGAGACUAAACAAAUCCCAGCACAUAGUAAUAUUGAGCUAAAAGAUGGAAUGCAGAAAUCAGACAUUCCAAAAACAGAAAAUUAUAAUGAAGCUUCAGUAACCGGGGCAGAUCGUGAAAUUACUACUGAAAUUACUACAACAUUAUCAAAUUUAGAUUCGGCAACUAAAAUAUUUACAACGAAUAAAAUAAUUCCUUCUACAAUUAACAAAAUUAAUUUUAUUGACAAAACUACUGGCAUCAAUAAGAACGGUAAACUUCCAGAACCUUUGCCUAAAGUCGAUGAUUUUAGGAAAAAAAUUCAGAAAGUGAACAUUGAUGAAGAAGAGUUGAUUAGAAACAGAAAUAAUUCGUGGAAACUAAUUCCGACUUUAUCACCACCGAAGGUAAAUGAAAUCCUGAAAGUUAAAUCUGAUGAUCAACACAAUCAAGAAAAUAACGAUAAUAAAAAUGUAGUGUUGGAGUUCUCAAACGAAAAUCAAGGUUUGGAAGUAACCACAAAGGAUUUAGGUGAAGAUAUUGCACGAUUUUCAGAACUAUCCAAUGAACUAGCUUUUAGGUAUUGGAGUGUAAUUGUUGGUGAAAUUGAUAGACGAAGAAGUUUUGUGUUUUCACCAUAUUCAACAUUUUCAAUGCUGGCUAUGAUAUUUAUGGGAGCAAGAGGGUCAACCUCAGGAGAAAUGAACGAAAUACUUAAAUUAGAUGAUAUGGUUACUUUUAACCCCCAUUUCGCUUUGAAAAAUAUUUCUGACUCGAUUGAAACUUCUCCCAAAUCAGGUGUUGCUAUUUCAGCAUUCGCAAGAGAACUCUAUAGUGACAGAAAUAAGGGUAAAAUUUUAACAUUUUAUAAAGACAGGGCUCAACAUUUCUACAAUGGACAUGUUGAGGAGAUUAAUUUUAAAUUAAUCAGUGAUAUCAUCAGAAGGAGAACAAAUUUACUCGUCAAAAGAUAUACUUGGGGCAAAAUGCCUGAAUAUAUGAAAACUAAUAACAUUGUAAUGCAACCACCUCUAGCUGCAUUUACUGCUAACAUUUUCCAGACUGAUUGCUCUGGCACAUCGGUAGACGGCAGAGAUGGUGAAAUGUAUUUCGUGGUAUCUCCAAAUGUCAGACAAAGGCGCCUUGUUCCUGUGCCAGCAGUUGUUUACAAGAAAGGAUUUUUAGCCGGCUACGAGCCGGUCUUAGAUGUUACUGUGGCUGCGUUAGGAAACACUAAUACUAUAGUCAGCACAUUGUUCUUAAUGCCUGGACAGCAGGGAAAUGUGGUCCAUGCUGAUGAUUUAGAAAAGCUUGAACAGAGGUUGCUAGAUUCUGUACCAACUACCCCAACAUGGAACCGCGUCCUACGCUCGCUCUUACCUCGCAAUGGUCUAGAACUGCAAAUCCCAAGAUUUUCACAUAAGUCCACGUUCAAUGCUUCCUUAACGCUGAAGAAAAUGGGAUUAAAGGACUUAUUUGACGGUGAACAUGCUGAUUUAGGUGGUUUAAAUGGACCUUCAACAGAUCUUUAUUUAUCUGACAUGGUACAAUUGAACACGUUUGUUACAUGCGGUGAAGGGGUGAUUGGUGAACAACAUCAUAUUGAAGAAUAUCCCGAAACAUUAACCGUGGCUCAGAGACGUCGUGCUCGAUGGUUAAGCAAUUGGGAUGAACCAAGGGAUUAUCAAAGAGCCUUUCACGAUCCCCACGACAUUAGUGAUGCUAUGCAUCUUCCCUUGCAUCUAAGACCUAGACAAGCUCGUUUACCAGCCAGGAGCAACCAGCCUGUUCGUCUAAAGUUUGAUAGACCCUUCCUCUACUUUGUGAGGCAUAAUCCAUCUGGUAUGAUUUUAUACUUCGGCCGGUACAGUCCUCGACUUCUCCCUUGA